UUGGAUCAUCUGAAUCUGAAACUCAAGCGCGUUCGAUAAAACUUGCGCCUCUUAAUGGUUAACAAGGGCGACAACUGUUCCUCGAAGUUAGAAGGGAUCGAUGUAGAACUUUCUAAAAUAGAAGAGAAGUUAGUUGGUUUUGAGGAAUGUAGAAAUAAGACUUUCACCUCUUUGGAGUCAGAGAUUAAUUCGCUCCAGGCGUUGCUCCAAGAUCCUGAUAAUUGUGUCGAUGUUAAAAAGCACACUGAACAGUUUAUAGCGAGUGCAAGGACAAAAUUAUCCGAUUAUAUAAAAUCCCAUCGUGAUAUUCACUUACCGAUUUCAAAGUUUGGAAAACUUGUAGAUAAGAGUUUUGUAGAUGAUCUUUCUCAUCUGACUACCUACUUUACAAAUCGAGAAAAGAAAGAUAGUCAAAUAUCUAAGUCGACAGGAAAAGCUUUGUUGAACACACCGUCAAUAUUGAGCGAAAAUGCAUUGGCAAAUAAGUCUCCAGAUGAUCUUUUACGUCUAGUUAUCAUAGAACAUUUACUUCGUGAAGGACAUCAGUCUUUAGCUGUAGAUUUAAUGCACAACUUCGGUUUCACAGAAGAAGAAAUAAGAUUAGAGAAAUUUAAAGAGCUUAGUAAUUUAGUUUCAUGUACUCAAAAAGGCGAAUUAGAUCCUGGUAGAAGAUGGUUAAAAGAUAAUCGUGAACAACUAGGUGAUCAAGCAAGACAGUUGGAAUAUUGUCUAGCGAAAUUAGAUUUCUUGUCAACAAUACAAAGGGAGCCUGUCGAUCCAGCUGCUGUAAUUCAAAGUGCCCGCCAGCUGGUACCAUAUGCUGCUGAUUAUUCAUCGGAUUUUGAACAUCUUAUGGGAAGUCUAGUUUUUAUUGGACGUAGUUUAGAAGAUACACCAUACGCGGAUUUAGCAUUACCAACCAGUUUCGCUAGCGUGUCAUCAUCAUCUGAAGGCAACUGUCAACAAAAACCUGAAGAUGUUCAUAUGAGUGAUGAAGGAUGUUCCUUGUCAUCAGUAUCAACAGCGUCAACGUCAACAGCAUCAACAUCGUCAUCUGGAACUACUAGUAAACCUAAAACAGAUAGUUGUAGUGCUUUAAAUGAAGCAGCAAAUUUAUUUAGAGCACGUUGUUGUCAUCAAUUAAAUCUAUCAGAUAUUGAUCCAUUGCUCACGGCAUUUUCAUCUGGAUGUCGUGUACUUACACGUCUGCAUUCAUUACAACGUGCUAUUGCUUGUCUAAGUAAAUAUAGUUCACUAGAUGGUGACAUGUUACCUAUUUCAGUGAAACUGGAUCCAAGCGCUCAUCGGCAUAAUAUAUUCCAUUGUCCUGUUAUUAAAGAAGUGGUAUCUGCUUCAAAUGAUGGUAAUGCCACUAGUGGUGGUCCUGUACGCUUAACAUGCGGUCAUGCUAUAUCCAGGGAUGCAUUCAAUUCUUUAGCCAGUGGUGAUAGAAGUCGAAUGAAAUGUCCUUAUUGUCCUGUGGAGACAUUUAAAAAUCAGGUAUUGGAUUUAAUAUUUUGAUGAAGAUAAUUAUUCACAUAUAUAUACAUGGACAUAUGCUUAUGCACGCAUUCAAGACAGGCAGCUAUAAGUUCACAUCCUUCCCUCCCCCCUACUCUAGUGGAGUACAUUAUUUUACAAUCAAUAAUUAAUUGUUUUGUGAUAUACAAUAAUGGAAUGGUAUGAAUGAUAUUUUAAUUUGUCCAUCUCCCGCGCACCCCCUCCGAAAAUUAGUAUUAUUAUUCUAACGCAGAUUGUCUUCCUUUGUCUUCCCUUCAAUUAUUUGCGAAUAGACUUUCAUGUGGACUAUUUUUGUGGUGGUGAUGGUGGUUGUUGUACAGUCAAUCUUAAUUUUGCGCUUCAUCUUGUUUUGACUGUGUUCUCUGUGCAAUCAAAAGUGUACUGAACAAUUUGGCGUGUUUUGUUUCUGUGCUUUUCCAUGUAAACAAAAGUCUUUUCGCAUAUAUAUCUAAUCUAACUUGUGAUGUGUCAUUUCUAAUAUUCUUUUCAUUUAACUCAUCCCCUCCGUCUCGCUCGAUCCUGUCCCUUAUUCCCCCCCCUCCCCCCAUUGUCGUCGAGUCUUAUUCAUGCAUACUAUAGUGCUACAAAUUCUGUUAUAGUGAAAAGUUUUGUGUGUAUCCCUUUCCUUUUUAUGGUAUAUAAUAUUUAUACCAUCAUCAUUCAUUUAUGCCGAUUGAUGAAUUCACUGGCUUCCUUUCAUCUGAAGGAAAGAGUGUGUGUGCUGCACACUGAACACAUAAAUAAUGCAUUCAUGGCAAUAAGCUAUGUGUUCUGAUUGGUUGGCAAUCAAUUGCUCCGAGGUUAAACAAGGUUGUCCAAUGAGAUUGUUUCAUGUCCACACCGUAAACUAAAAUCAGAUUUGAGGGAUAAUCAAUACUUCUACCUCUGUUGCAGCGAUUGAUUUAAAAUAUUGAUUUCAGUUGUGUGUGUGUGUGUGUUUUGGCCACUUUCUAUCGAUCUGGAUGACACUCACACGCCACACUCCGUUCAUCUUCAAAUAGUUACGAGUGAAGCCGCUUCAACCUUCUUGGUGUUACCUAAUCUUGUUGCGUCUUGUUAUCAUCGUACAACUGCCUUACACCAUAUUUCUUAGCAGCGUCCCCUGGGCAAUCGUCUUCACCGUCGGAUGCUUCACGCUCACCAUCUCAAUGAUAGCAUCGAAGUCCCAUAAGAAGCUCGGUACAGUUUCCUCUUCGAAAGCAUCAGACUGGGGGAUCUUUAUUUUCCAAAGGAAUGUAAAGGAAGAAGACAAGAAACUUGAUCACGAAGCUUUAUUAUGACAAACGACAUCAUAUUCUUGCAUUCUUAGCCACAUUAAAGUUAUCUAUGUUAGAGAGGAAUAAACUGUUCUGAUUGGUUGGCAGUCGAUCCAAGGUUAGCCAAGUUGUCCAAUGAGGUGAUUUCAUGUCCACAACGUAAACUAAGUAUAGAUUUGAGGAGUAGACACAUCUACCUCUGUAGCGGCCAUUGAUUUAAAGUUUGUUGAUUUCAGCUUUUUUUUAGCCGCUUUCCUAUCAAUCUGCAUCACACCAAAAUACUACUGCUAUACUACUUAUAAACUUGUUGCUGAAAGACCGAGAUUGUUAUUUAAGGAUCAUUUGCAUUCAUUCUUUUAAAACUUAGAUCUAGGGCUUUACUUUCGAUCUGUUAAGGUUAAUACCCCCUAUAUCCACAUAAUAAGUGGGAAGUUGU